AUGUUCAACGUCUAUCCAGAUGGAGAGCAUCGUCUGGAAAAGCUCUAUGUCCAAGAAAUACUUCAUAAGGCAGCUAUCAACACGACUGGAGCAGCAAUAAUCGCAGUACCCAAAACAAGCGCUAGUGAUAUCACAUACGAUCGCCCUACUACUCCGCCUGAACAGAUGAUACCCGAGGUCCUGUCAGACCCUCCAACUCCUAUAAGUGAUGCAAAUAAGCGCUGCCUGAAUACUGGCAGUCUGCUAAUAACAGAGUUAGAACCUGCAGUGAUCGCGGCAAUAAGACGCCACAACCUCUGUACAUUAUGUGGUGAAAAAGAUCAUGAAAGAGUUGCAUGUCCUUACAAGAGACGUCUUCCAUCGGCUUCCUGGUUAAAUCCGUUUAUUACUGGAAUUCGCAAUCUAAAUAAGAAGCCCAAGCGGAUGACUACGAUGGUAGAGACUAUCGAUGAAGAAAUACAAUUGCAGAGGGAAGAGAUCAGUCAGUUGCAAGCUCAAACCCCACAAGUUGGCAUUGCCCCAAUUAAAUGCAGUCACUGCUUACAAGAGGGUCACAUGGAAUUCGAGUGCCGUUCGGCUAUUGAUAAUGAGUAG